UCCUCAUUGAAACAACCCAUUUGUUUGUCAGCUAACCCCCUCUAGCGCCGAUCUCCUCUCGGCACAGCCCGGAUCCCGUUCUCCGUUCUACGGACAGGUUACAGAGAACUAACCGCUGCGCCGGUGCUGUGUAGGAGAGCAGUCCGUCUCUCUCACUGUGCGGGAAGUCAAAGGCAGUACCGCUUGUAUGCAGGAUAUAUAAGGAUGGUACAGGCUGCUUAUUACUGCAACGGGGAUAUUCAAAAAUAGAAAAACAAGUGGUGCGAUUUUACUUCUGUAGUCUUGUCAAAGUUGAUUCAAGUGUUGUAACGUUCAGCAAUACAUUUCCAUAAGAACCAUUAAGGAGCUUAUUUUAUGUCUUUUAGCUAUUUAUCUAAGUAACUUUAUGAUUAACGCUCAUCCUGCAUUGUGGUCAGAGCCUGGAUGGGUCGGUUAUCUGACACAGUGUUUAUGUAGACGGCUGUCCAGUCCGCCGUACGCCUGUAAAAGCUCCGAGGAGCUGGAGCGCAUUUAGCGGAUCACACGUGGAUUCUGCUCCCUUUCACAGCCGGAGGAAGCGUAGCUAGCUUAGUGCGCCUCAGAAAUGCCUUUUGGAGUUCAAAUCUACCUUAUUUUUAUACUCCUAAGGGUUAUUUUCACGGAUCCAAGUCACAGUAAUCAAGGAGUUUUCCAGGGAAUUGUGAAUUGUAUAAGACAAUAGAGAACAGAAAGUUGCGAAGGAAAAGAAAACACAGAAUAAAACGGUGUACAGUUAGGAUGAAAAUCAAGGGAUUUAUUGUUGUGUUGCUGGAUACCACCACUGCUCUGGGUGAGCUGGGCUGGAGAACGUAUCCCGUCAAUGGGUGGGACGCCAUUACGGAGAUGGACGAGCACAACCGGCCCAUCCACACAUUCCAGGUGUGCCAUGUGAUGGAGCCCAACCAGAACAACUGGCUGCGCUCCAACUGGAUCUCCCGCGAGGCCGCACAGAAGAUCUACGUGGAGCUGCGCUUUACACUGCGCGACUGCAACAGCAUCCCCUGGGUGUCGGGCACCUGCAAAGAGACCUUCAACCUCUUCUACAUGGAAGCCGACGAGCCCCACGGCAUCAAGUUCCGGUCGGUCCAGUACACCAAGAUCGACACCAUCGCUGCCGACGAGAGCUUUACGCAGAUGGACCUGGGCGACCGGAUCCUCAAGCUCAACACGGAGGUGCGGGAGGUGGGACCCAUCAGCAGGAAGGGCUUCUACCUGGCCUUCCAAGACAUCGGGGCAUGCAUUGCGCUGGUGUCCGUGCGUGUUUAUUACAAGAAGUGCCCGUUCACCUUCCGGAACCUGGCCACGUUCCCAGACACCAUCCCACGCGUGGACUCCUCCUCGCUGGUGGAAGUGCGGGGGGCCUGUGUACGUAACGCGGAGGAGAGGGACACGCCCAAGCUGUACUGCGGAGCGGAUGGCGAUUGGCUGGUGCCCCUGGGGAGGUGUGUGUGCAGCACGGGCCACGAGGAGCUGGACGGCACCUGUCUCCCUUGCAGACCCGGUUUCUACAAAGCCUUCACGGGGAACCUCCGGUGUGCCAAGUGCCCCCCGCACAGCUUCAGCCCUGACGAGGGUGCCAUGCUCUGCGUCUGUGAGAAGGGCUUCUUCCGUGCUGAAAAGGACCCUUUCACCAUGGCGUGUACCCGGCCCCCAUCGCCUCCCCGCAACGUGGUCUUCAGCCUUAACGAGACCUCACUCUUCUUAGAGUGGAGCCCCCCCAGCGACACGGGGGGCCGGCGGGACCUCAGCUACAGCGUUGCGUGUAAGAGGUGUGACACGGACUCCCCGCGCUGUCAGCCGUGCAGCGCCGACCUACGCUUCGUGCCACGGUCUCGCAGCCUGACCGAAGCCUCCGUCACUGUGAUGGACUUCUCUACCCACACCAACUACACCUUUGAGAUCGAGUCCCAUAACGGGGUGUCCGGCCAGAGCUCCUUCCCCCGGGCUGCUGUGGCCGUCACCAUCAACACCGACCAGGGCGGUAAGUCUCCCUGCCGCUUUUUUACCAGUUAA